AUGAGCACUGUUGCAGAAGGUGAUGGCGAAGAGCAAACGAUUAGUGAAUCAUUCCCAGACCAAAAUUCUAUUGAAUCGAUAGAGAAACAAAUCAAAAUUCGAGAACUAGUUAGCAACGAGGGAUGCUUUGACUCACCCAUCAACAUAAGUCUUACGUAUUCGACUCCCAUGACUCUAUCUCCGUUGAAAUGGGUGAACUUCGAAGUGCCUCCCAAGAAGAUGAAGUUGACGAACACAGGACAUACAGUGAUCUUCAGUGCAAAGUGGGGUCAAGAACGUCCAUACAUAAUGGAUGGCCCUUUCGUUGGAAGAUACGUAUUUUCCAGCUGGCAUCUCCAUUGGGGUAUCAGCCCCUUGGAGGGCUCCGAACAUGCCGUGGAUGGAGUAAAAUACCCUGCAGAGAUGCACGUCAUUCUUUUCAAGAGCUCUUAUCUAACCCAAGAAGCGGCGCUUAAGGAGCAAGACGGAUGUGCGGCUUUGGUGUAUUUCUUCAAGCUUCAGGACACGCCGAAUCCUUGUUUUCAAGACAUAAUCAUGACCUUAAAAGAUAUCCACGACCCGGGAACAUCGAGAAAAAUUUCACCGUCACCCAUAACAAGUAUUGUUAGAAAAUUCACCAACGACUAUUUCUUGUACUGGGGUGCUAUCAGUACGGCGCGAUGUCGCCAUUAUUUGAUGUGGUUGAUUAACAGGGUACCAAUAGGAGUUUCAGAGGCUCAAAUCGACGCUUUCCGAUAUCUCACGGACGAAGAAGGCCACCACAUUACAAGGAACUUCAGGGAGCUCCAAGACACAAAAGACAGAACUGUAUUACAUAUCAAUCCUUCAACGUCCAGGUAUGCAACUCUUCUGUCCAUUCCAGAAGAUAACAAUUAUUUUACCUACUGA